AUGUCCGCCAACCCUCCCACCCAACCUACCUUGCCGGCCAGUCGGAAUCGCAACUCUCUCCUGUCCAAGUUUCGCUCCCCCCUCGGUCAACGGAAUCGCGGCAUUACCGACUUUUACAUCGAUCCAGAUGACCCAUGGCGCUCAUAUUUCCCCGGUGAUGUCAUCAAAGGCACCGUUGUCGUGACCGUUGUGCGACCCGUUCGCAUCACUCAUAUUGUGAUAUGCCUCCACGGCUAUGUCAAGGUGUUCAAGAACGCGAUUCCGGCUGGGGAGAUAACCCCGGACUUGGGAUUCUUAGGACCAGGACGGGGUCGACGCGGUGCUGAAUAUUUGGGCAAUGGAUUGGCAACUUUGUUUGAAGAUGAAGUUGUUCUAUGUGGCGACGGACGUCUAAAGGAGGGCAUAUACAAGUUUCGAUUUGAAAUGGGGCUUCCUCCUUAUGCACUUCCCAGCAGCAUCAACUUUGAGCGCGGAAUCAUCGGCUACUCACUUACCUCUACCCUUACUCGACCGACUACCAUGAACCCUACGCUCUCCUGCCGAAAGCGAGUCAAUAUUUUAGAAAACAUCGAUAUCGCACCCUUCCCUGCACCCAGGGCCCGCAUUGUUACAUUGGAACCGAUCACAAAACGUUCGAAACCGAGGGGGAAAGCCAAAUCAACAAGUUCCGACGCAACUGCAGGGCCUGACACAUCCUCGGUCGAUACUCCUAUUAGUGGCGCAGCACCAUCUAUAGAUAUCAUACCACCACUGAGCCCUUCGCCAAGUAAUGUCAGCUCAUCCAGCCGACCCAGCGAAAGCAGCCAGAGCUUUCGCAUCGCCAGUGAUCCCGGUUCAUCAGCAAGCACCGGUGGACAAAACAGUGACAGUCGCAGUGUGACCCCGUCCCUAUCAGAUAAAACCAUCACCGCAAAGGCCGAACUUCUGCGCGCCGGCGUGCUCCCUGGCGACACCCUGCCUAUAACAGUCACGAUCAACCAUUGUAAACAAGUGCGCAGUGCACAUGGAAUUAUGAUCACUUUAUAUCGACAAGGUCGCAUUGAUUUACACCCCGCAAUCCCCAUGGGCACUACGGUAGCUGGGAAAAAGCCAGUCUAUGAAGAUUGCUAUCCUCGAUCACGGACUGGGCUUGGAGGUCUUACCUUGGGAACGAGUCGGACAAGCAGCACCUUUCGCAAAGACUUGUCGCAGACAUUUGCUCCGCUGAUCGUUGAUCCAAGUACCAUGACUGCAAUCAUAAAAACUUCUAUCCGAAUACCAGAAGACGCGUUUCCAACCAUCACCCGUGUACCGGGAGCCAUGAUCAAUUUUCGGUACUAUGUGGAGGUUGUAACGGACUUGCGUGGAAAGAUCACUUCACCGGACCGCUUCAUCCCGCGUUUCAACAUGACCUCCGGUGGUCCUAAUUUUUCGCCCAGCGGACAGGUUCUAAAUCCAACCGAUUCAAGCGGCGUUACUGCUAAUUGGGCUGGCAACAUCUUGGACACGGAUUCGAUUCGCCGUGAAAAGGGAGUGAUAUCGGUGGCCUUUGAAGUCGUUGUUGGGACGCGCGAUUCACGGCGAGGGAAAUCCACGAAGCGUACAUCAUCUACAGCUGGCGACUCGACAACAUCACAAAUGGUACCUUCUCCAGCUGCAAUUAAAGUUAAUCCCGUUGAGGGAGAAGGGUGGCCAGAGACCAGUUCGAUGCCUAAUUCUCAUGGUGAACAUGGGAUACAGGUGGCCUAUUUCCCCGAGGAGACAGAUUGGGCAGAGUACGCUGAAGAGUACCCUGAACACUUCCAGUCCAUGGACCCUAUGGUUGCGCCUCCGGAAGUUGAGGAGCCAGUCGACGAGAAAGCUCGAGUACGACGCCACGAGGAAGCUCUCUUGCCAAGCCAACCGCCGGAUGAAGACGAGGCAGGACCAUCCACACUACCAAUGGAGGUUCCGACCGCGCCGGUUUUGCCGGAUGAUCAUCAUCUUCAAGACUACCAGCACGUGCCUUCACCAGAUACAAGCGGGAGGCCGCAUACUGUUCGGUCUGCAGAGAUUCUGCAGACUGUCGGUGUGAACGGCACUUCUGCCGGGCCUAGUGCGCCACGUGUCUCAGGCGACGACAAACAAGAGCUUGAGCGCCAACGGCUCGAGGACCAGGCGAGCGCACCCCAAGACGAGGCCAAUGGCCACGGGCCCAGUAAUGAGCCCAGUGCGCCUGUGUUCGAUGAAGACGACCAGCUGGUGGGCGGGACUGCGCAUGCAGACGAGUCGCUGCCUCGAUACCAGCGAUGA